AUGACUAUAGCAUUUAACAAUGCGGAUGAUGUACAACAUUGUUACGAGACAAAUGGAGCAAAUGUGGUGGUUCAAGUUCAACCUCGUUCAGGUUUUUCGCAUGGAUCAUCAAUGGUUAAAUUAAAAAACAUUAUCGGCUACAAAUGGGAAAAGAAAGAUUAUCCGGGACAUUUAAUUGCCAUUCACAAAGAUGGCAAAGUUAUUGCUUAUUCGAUCAAUGUGAAUGGACAAGGAAUGGUUCGUCUUAUCCAUUUCGGAAUGGGAAAUAAAAGAGCAUUAAUUAAAGGAAUGUCAAAAGAAGUUCUGGAUCUUCAAUUUGCCGACUAUAGCAAAGAGAUUAUAAUCGGUUGUAUUGAAGAAUCAGCACUGCACAUUAAUCGGUUAGACGUUGUUGAUGGAGGGGACUCUUUAAACUGUACUCAACUUCUAAAGAUUGAGAAUCCGAUUGAAGGUCACGUCCCCAUUAUGGAUAAGAUAAGUUGGUGUCCCUACGUGCCUGAAGAAAAUGACACUAUUGACGAGUUUUCAGUGAUGCUGCUAGUCUGGGUGCGUGGCAACAAAUUCGAAUGUUACUCAAUAAAAACGAUCAUCGAUAAUUAUAAUACUGGAGUAAUUCAAGCGGAAAACAUCACCGAAGGACUUGUAAGAAGCUACGACAAUCAACGAGCGUUGAUUACUCAUGCAACUUAUUCUCCUGAUGGAACAACGCUUGCCAUUAGCACAAUUGAUGGCUUCAUAAAAUUCUUCCAGAUUUACUUCCAUGAAACAAUUCCACGUUGUUUACAUGCAUGGAAGCCUCACGAUGGUGCUGCAAUAAGCUCAUUCUUCUUCCUUGACAAUCACACGCAACCAAUUGCUGGCAGCACUUUAUGGAAAUAUGCAGUGACAUUAGCAGCAAACAAUACUGAAAUAAAAGUGUCAAAAUGUGACAAUUGGAAGACAUUACAAACAAUUACAUUCAAGUCAUCCAUUGGCCAACCGCUUGCAUUUAAAGCAGAGAUUGAUAGAACGUCUUCGUAUCUUAUUCUCAGUGAUAUGACCAAUCGACAAAUGUAUGUUUUACAAAUUCUUAAGGAAAAUGCUUUGAGUCAACAAAAUGGCUCUGAAGAACAUCACAACAAUGGUGAUGACGUUGCUGCUAAUGCUGUUGGUGGAAUUUCACGUGUUUUUGUGAAGUCGAUUGCUGAGUUUCGUCUUGCUUCAACAAUUCUCAGUUAUGGGAUCUCAAAUGCUUCUAUUCGUCGAUAUAAAUGUGCACUCAGUGAUAAUUAUUUGAUUGACGAGUUAGAAGAUUACGAUGAGGAAAACAAUUCUUUGUAUUGUGUUGUGUUGCGUCUGUUCAUGAUCCUUCCAGAAAGUGUUCAAGAGUGUCACAUUUUGUAUCAACCAGCACUUAAUGAAUCUGCUGAAAUUCUCAAUACUGAAGUAAAAGAUUCAAAGCUCAACAUUGCAGCUUCUUCAUCUAUUGACACGAAGAAAGCUGAACCAUUGACUUUAAUGACGCCACCACAAAAGACUUCCCAGAUAAAUUUAUUGACACCAGAUUCGUUUAGUUCACCAGUUGUUGAGAAACAACAAAAAGAUGUCAGUCAGGAUGUUUUAUCAACAAUCUUCAUGUUAGCAAAGACAAAUCAAGCAGGAACGACGCCCGGAGUUGCUAACAAAUCACAUGAAAAUGUUUUGAAUCUCACAAAUGUUUCAUUGAUUGAAGAAGAGAAAAUCUUUCAACAGAAAUUGCCAGUUGAUGGUAACAGCAAUCAAACAACGACACAAGCAAAAUCUGGAGCAGCAUCGGGAGGUUCAAGUCCGAGUCGCGAAGUUCGUGACAUUCUCUUACAAGCUGAUUCAGUUAAUGAAGAUUAUUAUCCGGGAGAAGAAAGUGACGACCUAGAGAUUGAAGAGGAACAAAACAAAGACGUUCUUAAUGCUCUCAAUGCACUCGAUGUUGACUUUAAGAAUAUUGAUGAUGAUGACGACGACGAUGAGGACGAUGGAAAUGAAGAAGAUGAUGAAGAUGACGAACCAAUAGUUACAGUAAAGCCUACAAAGUCAACACCACAUAGUGAUUGGCCGAAAGCACCGCAAUUCAUGGAUACAAAUUCAGUUCCAGCUACAUCCAAACAAGUUGAAACAUUAUCAACGCGAAUGAAUCAAAUGAUUGAAAUAAUGGAAACGCAAUCACGUUACAUUGCUGAACUACGCAAUGAAAUUUAUGAUCUGAAAGCAUCGAAUGUUGCCGAAGCAAUGGUGAUCGAUCAUAAAUUAGACACAGUUGAAGAACAAUGCAAGAAAACAAUCGAACAGAACUUUGUUAAGUUUGAAAAUUCACUAAUGAUGAAAGACAAACGUGAGAUUACUGAAUCGAUUAUGCAAUUGUUCCAACAAUUAUCGAGAACACAGUUGAAUGGCAUUGAGACAGCUGUUAAAGAGAAUCUUCUGAAAGUCUGCACACAUAAAGGAUUUAUUGAGAGUAUAAGUCAUUCAAUGUUGAUUGGCAUUCAAAAUUCACUCGAACAGACGUUCAGAAAGUCUUUGGAAGAGAUUAUGAUUCCAUCUUACGAGAAGAUAACACACGAAAUGUUCCAAGAAAUGGGAAAAGCUUUCACAACAGGCACCAAAGAAUAUACGAGAGCUUUCGACAAUUACAUGAAGCAGUAUGGUGCUGUGCAAUUCCAAAUGACUGAAUUUUCCGGUGCCAUUCAUCAAAUUCCACAACAAGUUCGCGCAACUACUGAACAAUCCGUCUUACCGAUGCUCAAUUCAGGAUUCGUUGAUAUCCGACAACGUUUGGAGAAGUUCCAAUCAAAGGUCAUCAACGAUGUGAAAGAGCAAGUUAGGAAUGAAAUUCAAAAUGGCUUUGAACGUCAAACAAUGACACUUGAAGAUUCAGUAUUAUCAGUUGUUCAACGUUCACAAGCUGAAACACCAGCUCCGACAAUUUAUGAUCAACGGGAGAAUAUCAAACAAUUAUUAGCUCAUGAUCAGAUCGAUAAAGCUUUUCAUCAAGCACUCAUCUCCAGCGAUUUAUCAUUGCUGGAAUUUACGCUUGAAAAUGCUGAUUACCAAGCUGCUUUUAAUCCUUGUCCAUUGCAACAAUCUGUUUUAUUGUCAUUGAUUCAACAACUCACGGCUGACAUGGGAAAGUUUAGCGAAUUGAAGCUUCGCUACUUAAGUGACGCUGUUCUUGCACUUAACAUUUAUGAUGUCAUAACAAAAGAACACGCACCGAAAAUCCUCCGUGAGCUCAACAAUACACUUAAUGCAUUCACAGCCGCCAAUCCCAAAUAUGCGUUCAAUUCAAAUCUUCGUAUGAUUACAUUUGCAGCGGAAUCGAAAAUCAAAAGUAACCCAAACAUAUGACCGAAGCGAACAGGCAAUGAUUUCUUUCUGUUUGCUGAUAGAAUGCAACAGCAGUGAUGAAGAUUUCGAGAGGCGAGUGUGUGAUGAAACAUCAUGGCAUAAAAUACUUUUAAAAACAUUUUUAAUUCAAUUCGAUAAGAUUUCGAUAGAAAGAAAUUUUCAUUCAUAAUAUUUAAUUAAUUAAUCUGUAAAGAAGAAGUAAGAAAAAUAAAUAAUAACUUUACAAACAUUUUAAG